AUGAAAUUCUCGACCAUCACUGCCCUCGGCGGACUCCUCGGCAUCGUCUCCGCUGGUUAUCACACACAAGAGGUCGUCUGCACUGAUCCAGAACCCACCACAGUCUACCGAACAGUUACCGUUACUGAAGGUGCAGGAGGCAGCUCUCAACCGGUGUCAUCUGGUGUUAAUCAUCAAGCUGGUGGAAGCAAAUAUCCCUACGUUACUACAGGGGGCGGCCAAGUGACCUCUGUCGACUACAAUGGUAGCAAGACAUCCGUCUGGGUCUACCCAACUGGACCAGCAACUAGCAAGGACUGCACUGUGGCCAUCUACGAAGUGAACGUCGCCGUCACAGUCAUCAUUAUCAACAUCAAUGUGACCAUCGUCAACGGUAAGACGAUAACUAUUACCAAGACUGUGAGCGGCGUCCCGCCAACCACUACUCCUGUUCUCCCACCAACACCGGGCAGUACGAACCCGCCUACCUCUACUGGAGCUAUUCAUAAGGUUAUAGUUGGCGCCGAUGGCCAGCUCAAAUACAGAGACAACCAGGUCAACGCUGCUAUUGGCGACAUCAUCCGCUUUGACUUUAACAGCACCAACCAUACCGUCACCCAAUCCAGCUUCAACGACCCAUGUGUUAAGCUCCCAGGUGGUUUCGAUACUGGUUUCAACCAAUUUAAUAACCAGAGCAAGACCGGCAUCAUAUUCCGCGACUUCAAAGUCGAGGUCUCUAGCCCUCUCUGGUUCUACUGCUCUCAGAAAGCGCCUAAGUCUCAUUGUCAAGCUGGAAUGGUCCUCGGUGUCAAUCCAGCUGGCAAGUUCCCUGCGUUCCUCGACAAGGCUACCAACACUGCGAGCAUCGGGCUCCCUACCGGCACUGGGCCUGCUGGUAAGCCAACUGGAAUGUCAAUCUUGCCGAAGUGGAGACGUUCUCAAGCUUGGUCUGCAUAA